AUGCGUCGCCGCUGCGAACAACGGUGCGAAGAGAAGCAGAGAGAAAGGGAAAGCGAGAGAGAGAGGGAGAGGGGGAGGGAAGUGUUCUUCGCGAACCCCCGCGAAGUCCCCGCGGAGCGCCGGCUCGAACAAUGCCGUCGGCAGUGUGAAGAGGCCGGCGGCCGCCGCGGGGAGCAACAGCGCCACCAGUGCGAACAACGGUGCUGGGAGCGUUACAGAGAAGAGAGGCAGCAAGAACAGCAAGAUGCGGGGGUGAGUGAUCAAGACCCUCAGGAGAAGCUACAGCAGUGCAGGCGGUGGUGCGAGGAGCGGCACCAAGGAGACCGGAGGGAGCGGAGGCGGUGCGAGGAGCAGUGCGACGAGAAAUAUAGUGAAGAGAGAGGAAGGGGACGAGGAAACCCUAGAAGAGAGGAGGAGAAGGAGGAGGAGGAAGAAGAGGAGGAGAGGGGUGGAGAGAACCCUUAUGUGUUUGAGCCCCAAAGCUUUAAACAUAGGCUCCGGAGCGAGCACGGGCACUUCAAGGUAUUGAAGAAGUUCCACAAACAAUCGAACCUCCUGAUCGGGAUCGCGAACUAUCGCCUCGCGAUCCUCGAGCUGAACCCGCAAACUUUUGCCAUGCCUAACCACUGGGAUGCCGACGACAUUUGCUACGUGAUUAAAGGGCGAGGGACCGUGACAAUUUUACGAAAGGAGGAGAACAAGGAGGAGAGGGAAUCGCAUGAGAUAAACAAAGGAGACAUUAUGCAGGUGCCCGCAGGUUCGAUCGUGUAUGUGAUUAACAGCGACAGGCGCGAGAAGUUGACCGUCGCUAAGCUUCUACAACCAGUCUCCACCCCAGGGCGCUUCGAGCAUUUCUUUGGUGCUGGGGGAAAAAAUCCGGAGUCCUUUUUUAGCACCUUCAGCAAUGAAGUCUUAGAAGCAGCAUUUAAUACACCAAGAGACAAGCUGGAGAGGAUCUUUGGGAGGCAGCGAAAGGGAGCAAUAAUUCGAGCAACCGAAGAACAAAUCCGGGCGAUGAGCCGCCACCACUCCGGCGAGGGCGGUCGGUGGCCCUUCGGCGAAUCAGUGACUAAGGGCCCCUUCAACCUACUGAAGAAGCGCCCGGCUUACUCAAACCGCCACGGCCAGCUCUACGAGGCUGACUCCAACGACUACCGGCCGCUGAAGAAGCUCAACGUCGAAGUCUCCUUCGCCAACCUUAGCAGUGGAUCCAUGAUAGCGCCGUUCUACAACACGCACGCGACCAAGAUCGCGCUGGUGACGGAGGGGAGGGGCUACGUCGAGUUGGUGUGCCCCCACUUGGCCGGUCAACGCUGGGAGGGCCAGGGUCAACGCGAGGGUCAACGCGAUGAGGAGGAGGGGGGAAAGGAGGGUGGUCGAGGUCAACAUGGUCAACGCUACCAGAGGGUCCACGCCCAGGUGUCGCCGGGGACGGUGUUCGUGAUCCCGCCGGGCCACCCCGCCGUUGAGGUCGCCUCCCGCGACCAAAACCUCCAGGUGAUCUGCUUCGAAAUCCGCGCCGAGAACAACCAGAAGGUCUUCCUCGCAGGUAGGAACAACAUACUAAACAAGAUGGAGAGGGAGGCGAAGGAGUUGUCGUUUGACGCGUCGGCGCGGGAGGUGGAUGAGGUGUUCAAUGCCCAGAAAGAGGAAGUUCUCCUCGCGGGGCCGGAGGAAUGGCAGCGAGGGGGGAGGGGGGGCAAGAGCGAGUACGGCGGCCGCGACAUGGCCUCGAUCGUCGAGGUGGUCGCCGGCUUCUGA